AUGGUCGCGGUCUCUUCUCGUUUUAUAGAAGUUGUUUGGUUUUGGUUUCGCUACUUGGUCCUAUUGGCAGGACGACCAAGAGGAACGCAUCUCGUCCGGCGUCCAUUGCAUGCAUCAUCAUUUCCAGAUUCGGAUCGUGGACUUGGUGCAUUCACAGACGGUUCGACGGCAUCGUCAGUGAGUCUUGCCAUUCUCGGAAAAGGAAGACAAUCAUUGGUUUGCCAGCCAAAAUGUCUUGGAAUGCACCAAGUCAAUGGUCCAACUCUGGAAAUGAUCGUGAAUUUUGUUAAGCUCACUUCCAUUUCAAGUAAAAGUGUUGGGUGA